AUGCAGUCGCCGAUGCGCGCCAAGCUGCGGCCGCGCGUGCCCAACAACCCGCGGCCGAAACGCAAGCUGCGGCCGCUGCCACCGGAGCCACCGCCCAAGCGCCGGGCGCGUCCGCGGAUGCGCAGCAGCCUCAGCGGCCUGUGCGAGAAUCAGGGGGCGAAGCGGCUGGCGGGCGAGCUGGCCUGGAUGGCGCAGGUGCCCGAGGCGCCGACAUACCACCCCAGCGAGGCCGAGUUCGAGGACCCGCUGGCGUACAUCGCGAAAAUUGAGCCCGAGGCGGAGCGUUUCGGCAUCUGCAAGAUCGUGCCGCCUCGGAGCAUGCUGGUGGGCAGGAGUAGCGCGCUGGAAGGGGGGAAAUUUGGAUUCAGCGUCCGGCAACAAAAACUCCGGGACCAUAGAUGGCAGAAUUUUGGACACAACGACAUUCUUUAUGAGGCACCAAGGACAUACUCUUUGAGGGAGUUCAUGGAGAGUGCGAAUGAUAGCACGAUGAACCUCUUGGGCACUUCGCAACGGCCUCCUGAAAGUUUAGUGGAGGCCCUGUAUUGGAUGGAACGUGAGCGGACUGCAGGGCGUGAAAUGUAUGUGGACUAUGGCAACGAUGUGGAGGGAACUGCAUUCCAUGCAAAGGCCAAGGAGAAUCUGGAUGCCACCCGAUGGAAUCUUCGGUCGCUGGGCAAGGACAAGUCGUCUGUCCUUCGCCACAUCCAGGGUGACUUCCCAGGCAUCACGUCCCCUAUGCUGUAUGUGGGCUCUCUUUUUGCCUCCUUCUACUGGCACGUGGAGGACCACUUCCUGCACAGCAUCAACUUCGCCCACUGCGGGGCCACCAAGACCUGGUACGGAGUGGCGGGCUGCCAGGCCAAGGCCUUCGAGGAGGCAGUGUUUGGGACGGUGUAUGCCGACAGCAUACGAAACCUGGUGGAGGGCGGGGCGAGCCCGAAGGAGGCGCGGCGCGCGGCACGGACCAGCCUGCUGCGCAAGACGACUAUGGUGUCGCCAAAACUGCUGCGGGAACGGGGUGUCGGAGUGGUGCGGAUUAGUCAAGGACCUGGAGACUUUGUUGUAACAUUUCCACGGGCCUACCAUGCCGGCUUCAGCCAUGGCUUCAAUUGCGGUGAGGCUGUCAACUUUGGCCUGCCCAACUGGUUCCCGAUGGGCCAGGAGGCGACCAACCUGUAUUCUAGGCUUGGAUGUGGACACAUAAUCGCACACGAAGAGAUGCUGUGCAAGGAAGCUGGCACAGUGCUGCAAGCCCUGAGCACAAGGCGCGAUGCAAGCGCCUACAGCUCAGAGAUGGCGGUGCUGGUGGAGCUGAACACACUGCUGACACAGCUGAGGCGCGACCGCAAGAACCUAACGGGCAUGGGAAGCCAGUUCAAGUGUGUGAGCCAGCCCUGCACUGAGCCCUGUGCGGAGUGCGGGCGCCACACCUUCCUCACGGUGUGCCUGGUGCCCGAUCCGGAGGGUGGCGAUAUGCGGGCAGAGUGCCUGGAGUGUGCGGUGCGGGGGCGGCAUGGGGGCCCUGCAACGGUGGUGAAGGUGUACAAAGAGCUGGAACAGUUUCAGAAUCGGGUGAACAGUGCCCUGCGGGAUGCUGAGGCCCACCGUUGUUGA